AUGGUGGAUAGAGCACUUGCACAUGUAGCUGAGCUAGCGAGUGUUGCUGCUGAGACUUCACCUAGGGAUGAUAGGGACAUCUGGGGGCUCCAUUUGGCUCCUGUAGCGACCAGGAAAACCCUUGAAUCGCGACUCGCUCCGUCGCUCGUCACCAUUUUCGUCCCUCCCCACGUCCGCGCCUUCUUCCCGGGCUUCCACGGCACCCAGCUCCUCCCCGCCUCCGACGGCUCCGGCCCGCACCCGCACCUCGUCCUCGACGACCUCGCCGCCGGCCUCCGCCGCCCGUCCCUCAUCGACAUCAAGAUCGGCGCGCGCACCUGGUACCCCCCCGCCCCCGACGACUACGUCCGCAAAUGCCUCAAGAAGGACCGCGACACCACCAGCCUCGCCCUCGGCUUCCGCAUCUCCGGUGUGCGGAUCCACCAGGGCGGCGACGCCGGCUUCUGGCGGCCCGAUCGCGAGGCCGUCCGGCGGUUCACCGCGGAGGACGUCAAGCGAGCGCUCCGGCAGUUCGUGUCCUCGAAUCCGGCGUCGGAUCCGGGCCCGCCGGACUGCGCCUUCGCCUCCGCUGUGUACGGCCGGUCGGACGGGGUUCUGGCGCAGCUGCUGGAGCUCAAGGCGUGGUUCGAGGACCAGACGCUGUUCCACUUCUACUCGGUGUCGGUGCUGGUGAUGUACGCGAGGGAGGAGGUCGAGGCCAGGAGGGCCGGCGGCGGGGUUAGGGUUAAGCUCGUGGAUUUCGCUCAUGUGAUGGAGGGGAAUGGGGUUAUCGACCACAAUUUCUUGGGGGGGCUCUGCUCGCUGAUCAAGUUCAUCUCGGAGAUCCUCACCGACCCGGAUGAGUGCUUGGCCGAACCCAACAAGGCGCACUUGAGCUUCGAGAAUGGGAGCUGAGGGAACGGCAACAGCAUGGUGGUUUGUUUUUUUGGUAGCCCACUCAAAAUCUUCGAUUUGAUUUCGCUUUCUGAUACUGGAGGCAUGGCUAACUUUGCAGCUUUUAAUUUCUGGGCCGGCCCAAAUGGGCUCGGGCCGGGCUGGGGCCUUGUUCCUUAAAAAUUUUUCGGGCCCCGGCCCGGCCCGAAGCCUGGAAAAAAAAUUCGGGCCGGGCUUGGGUAGGGGUUUGGCCCGACCCGGCCCGGC